CAUUUUGGACUUGGUCGAGGUCCCGCGCAGAUCAAAACAUGAGUACUGUAGAAGAAGCUCACAACGUGAACGUUGUUGGGUCAGGGCAACAAGUAGUGGUGCUAGGGCAUGGGUUUGGAACCGACCAAUCGGUUUGGAAGCACCUGGUCCCUCACCUAGUGGAAGAUUAUCGAAUCGUUCUGUUCGAUAACAUCGGCGCUGGAACCACCAAUGCCGACUACUUUGAUUUCGACAGAUACUCGACGGUCGAGGGCUGGGCUUAUGAUCUCCUAGCCAUUUUAGAACAUCUUCAAAUUACUUCUUGUAUUUAUGUUGGUCACUCUCUCUCCGCCAUGAUUGGAGUCGUUGCCUCCAUUAUUCGCCCUGACCUUUUCUUCAAGCUCAUUUUGCUCUCCGCCUCACCAAGGUAUCUAAACGAUGUGGACUAUUACGGAGGAUUUGAGGAAGAUGACAUAAGCCAAAUCCUAGAAGCGAUGCAAUCAAAUUACAAAGCAUGGUGUUCAGGGUUCGCUCCGCUGGCAGUGGGCGGGGACAUGAAAACAGGAGCGGUCCAAGAGUUCAGCCGGACAUGUUUUAACAUGAGGCCAGACAUAGCCCUCAGUAUCAUGCAGACCAUUUUCGAGAUCGAUACUAGGCCAAUCUUGGGGUUGGUCACGGUCCCUUGUCACAUCCUACAGAGCGCCAAAGAUAUGGCAGUUCCCCUCGUCGUCUCCGAGUAUCUGCACCAGAAUAUUGCGGGUCACUCCAUCGUUGAGGUCAUGGAAACGGAGGGUCAUCUCCCUCAAUUGAGCUCGCCUGAUCUUGUUGUCCCUGUGGUACUUAGGCAUAUCCAUCAUGAUAUUGUUGUAUGAGUUUUUUUUUCCUGUAUUUUUUCGAAACUCAUAAAGGAAAAAAAAUUAUGCUAUAAUACUUUCUGCUUCAUUUUCUAUUUUUCUCAUAGAAAAAAGAUAGUAACUACUAUUUGGGUUUGAAACUUUUAUUUGAUGAAGUAAUUAAGGUUUGAUGAAGUAAUUCGGGUUUGAUGAA